AUGAUUGUUAGAAGAACACUCCAUACAUCCGUAGCCCGGUUGGGUUUUAACCUACGCAAUUUACGAAAGGGAAAAGAGUCCGAGGCUGAGAAGACACACCUCCAACAUGAGCAUCAUGAUCAUGAGCACUCACAUCACAAACACUCGCCGCUACUAAUUCAACCAAAUUAUCCAGUGCGUACGAGAUUUGCGCCCUCUCCAACAGGGUACCUGCACCUUGGGUCUCUUAGAACUGCAUUAUACAAUUACCUCCUAGCCAAAUCCACUGGUGGUCAGUUUCUUCUGCGAUUAGAAGACACCGACCAGAAUCGACUAAUCCAAGGUGCUGAGCAAAACAUAUAUGACACCUUGCAGUGGCUAAAUAUGUGCAUAGAUGAAGGACCAACUCAUCCAGGUCCCCAUUCUCCUUAUAGACAGAGCGAGCGUUCUCAUAUUUAUGAGAAGUACUCCAACGAGUUGUUGUCUAAAGGGCUGGCUUACCGUUGUUUCUGUUCGAAGGAAAGACUCGAUGGCCUGAGAGACUCGGCUAGACUAUUGAAACCGCCAACAACAGUUUCUUACGACAGACAUUGCUUCAAUGAGAUUUCACGUGAAGAAAGUGAUGAACGGGCACAAAACGGCGAGCCUUUCACCGUUAGAUUCAAAGCACCAGAGACAUACCCAGAGUUCACAGAUUUAUUGCAUGGAACAAUCAAUCUGCAACCGCAAAUUAAUCCCAUUGAUAGGAGGUUUGAAGAUCCUGUUCUCAUGAAAAGUGAUGGUUUACCGACAUAUCAUUUUGCCAAUGUCGUUGACGAUCAUUUGAUGGAAAUCACACAUGUCAUUAGAGGCGAAGAAUGGGUUGCUUCCACACCUAAGCACAUAGCCUUAUACGACGCAUUUGGUUGGGAUAAACCUAACUUUAUCCAUAUUCCCCUUUUAACAACUGUAGAAGGUAAAAAACUAUCGAAAAGAUCUGGAGAUAUAGAUAUCAUGUCUCUGAAAAAGAAAGGUUAUUUACCCGAAUCAUUGGUCAACUUCAGUGUUUUGUUUGGCUGGAAUCCAAAGAGAAAAUUGGGUGAGAAAACAAGUGAAAUCCAUUCUUUGAGUGAGUUGGAAAAAAUAUGGUCGUUGAGUGGCUUGACUAAAGGUAGUGCAAAAGUUGAUUGGAAAAAACUUGACUAUUUCAACAAACACUACUUGACUGAGAAAUUAAAGGAUGCCAAGUUUUUCCAAUCCUCAGUUAUUGAAUGCCAUACGAGGAUAUGCCGCACAUUGAAUCUAACAGAUCUUGACAUCGAAAACGUUGGUAAGGUAUUAAAGAUGACAUACCCAAGUUUAAUCACCUUGAAUGAUUUUGAUUCUUCAAAAUUCCAUUACUUUUUUAUUAAACCAAGAUAUAAAAGGGAGGAAGUUCAAAAGAUUCUGAAAAUAAAUGAUGAAACUUUACUCAAAAUAUCUAAUGAACUUGUCAAGCGUUCAAAUGACUUGACACACUUGAAUUUUAAUCAGGUAAUUAAAGAGAUCCUGGAAGAGCUGCCGAUGUUGAAGAAGAAAAUACUGUUUCAGGCUCUGAGGUAUGCAUUGAGUGGACCAGAAUCAGGUAUCAAUUUGCCAAUCAUCUUAGAACUCCUUGGUCCGGAAGAAGUCCAAGCAAGGCUCGAUGCAUUCAAUGAUUUCCUUCAUUAA